GCCUGGCUCUCAUGAUGAUGAAGAAGAAGAAGUUUAAGUUUAGGGUGGACUUCCAGCUCGAGGAGCUCUCCUCGGUGCCCUUCGUCAACGGGGUCCUCUUCUGCAAGAUGCGGCUGCUGGACGGCGGCAGCUUCACCGCCGAGUCCCCCAGGGAGGUGGUGCAAGCCAACUGUGUUCGCUGGAGGAAGAAGUUCUCGUUCAUGUGCAAAAUGAGCGCGAGCGCCGCCACGGGCAUCCUGGAUCCUUGUGUCUACAGGGUGUCUGUGCGCAAGGAAUUAAAAGGUGGAAAAGCUUAUGCAAAGCUGGGCUUUGCAGAUCUAAACCUGGCAGAGUUCGCUGGGUCGGGAACUACCACUCGCCGCUGUUUGCUGGAAGGCUACGACACCAAAAACACGAGACAGGAUAAUUCCAUCCUUAAAGUUUUAAUCAGCAUGCAGCUGAUGUCCGGGGACCCGUGCUUCAAAACGCCCCCCUCGACGUCCAUGUCCAUACCGAUUGCCGGGGAAGCCGAGUCCCUGGAAGAAGACAGGAAGGGGGGAGAGACCCUCAAAGUCCACCUUGGAAUAGCAGAUCCCUCCGCGAAGAGCGCCUCUAUUCCAGAUGAACUCGGGGCCUGCGGACACUCGAGGACGUCGAGCUACGCCAGCCAGCAGUCCAAAGUGUCAGGGUACAGCUCCUGCCACUCGCGGUCGUCCAGCUUCUCCGAGUUCUGCCACAGGAGGAACACCUCCGUGGGGAGCACCUCCACGGGCAUCGAGAGCACUCUGGAGCCGUGUGACGAGGUGGAGCACAAAGGGGCGGAGGCAGGCCUGGAUACUGCCGAUAAGGAAGACCCGGCUUCCGAAACACUCAGCAGAUGCCCAGUGAAACAGGAUUCGGUCGAAUCUCAGCUGAAGCGGGUUGAUGACACCAGAGUGGACGCAGACGACAUUGUGGAGAAAAUCUUACAAAGCCAAGACUUCAGCCUGGACUCCAGUGCAGAAGAGGAGGGACUGCGGCUCUUCGUGGGCCCUGGGGGCAGGACCACCUUCGGCAGCCACCACCGGACAAGUCGGGUGGCGUCUGGAGCGUACGAACAGGUGGUGAUCAAGCGCUAGAAGCCGAGGCCGGGACGGGAGCCUCCCUGGGGGUCCAGGACGCUGGCUGUGGAGCCGACAAGGCGUUGAUUCAAGCACGUCCAGGAACACGAACCUCUUUACCAAGGGAGCCUCUCCACCUGCCCAGAGGAGAGCCAGUGCUGGCUUCUUCCCGGAGAGGGCCCGCCGCUGUCCCUCCCCGCCGAGGCCGAGGGGACGUCGGAGCAGCGGGAGCACGUACAGCCGGCCUGCGUGUCUGGAGGUCCGCGGCUUCCGUGGUCACGGCACGGGGCACCCCCCGAAAGACUGCUCGUCCUUGCGGAGCAUCCUGGCGGGGAGAGCCACACUCCCCGCCGGCGUCCAGUUUUGCUGCCGACGCACAAAACCCGCGAUCGAGGUGCUCCGCAGAUCUGGGCCCUGGUUUCUUAACUGCAUGUUUGAGAGACAGUAAGUGAGGACGGAAGCCCGAUCGACUCUGUCAAGACAGUUAUGGUUCCUGUUAAGGAAGUCUUCCUUAUUAUACUACCUACAGUAUUGUACUAAGUUCAUUAACUCUUUGUAAUACAAUAAUUGAUGUUAAAGUGUGGGUGUUCAUGCUUUGAGAAAAAGUUAUACUACAGUUGAGACAUGUAAAAUGCUUGCUUAAUCCAAAUGUAUCAACGGAAUAACAAGUGUAUUUAAGUCUGAGAUACACGAGUGGGUAUAAUGCCACUAGUAGGCAGUAUGUAUUGUUCCUCGUUCUUAUUCCAUGAGCCGCAGAAUUCCCACCAGCGCGAUGUACGCGAUUCGGGAGAAGUUCGGGGUUCGGUGUAAGGCACCCUGACAUCAGAGCUGUCUUAACGAACCGAGUAAUGUCUGCUGGUUUCAGAAGUCAGAGUUUAGAACAGCUGCAGGGACGUGGUGACCCGAUGAGAAGCAGAGCAGCCUUUUCUCCGCGAGUCCACACUCACCUGACACCGGGAACCGUUCCAGGGAGGGAGUGGACGAGGCAGGGGACAGCCGUCCCACCGGCACCUGUGGCCUCUUCCUCAGCCCCUCCCCCGCCCCAUGAUCAGGCUCUGUGCUUGCUUCUUGCUGCAUCAGAAGUCGGUUGUUUUGAGGCAAGAAUGGACUAUGCCAUACAGCAAACAGAGCUUUUAAAGUCAGGAAAUCUUAUCAGCACAGCAGACAAACCUGAAGAGUCUUUCUGGUUUUAUGUGGCAGUUUCUGUGUGGAAAGACCCUAAAAUUAGGAUCUUGGAAUCACUUAGGAAAGAAAAAAUGUAGAUUCUGUAAAACCAGAAAUUCCCGGUUUGGGCUUUCAAAACCACAUCCAAGUCACAUGGUGUGUUAGAAUUCUUUGGUCUAGGUAUUCUCAUGUGGGCAGAAAUGUUAUUGCUUUUGCAUAAGGCAAAAGUGUUAUUUUUUUAAGAAAACAGUAUUUUAUUAUCCAAAUUGAGAGGUUGGAGAACAUUCGAAUAGUUCAUGUGAGGGCUUUGGGGGGUUUCUUUUUUUUUUUUUAAUAUUUCAAGGAUUGGGUAUUCCAAAUGAACCCAAAACUACUUUUACAAAUAGAUUCUGAGAUUUUUAGAGAGAUGACACCCCCACGUAGAAUAUUUUGAAUGUGAAGAGACAAGGUUUUCUGACCCACCCAAACUUUCUUGUUUCUGAUUCGUUUUGAAAGGAAAACACUGACCCAAAGGUUUAAGUUUCGCCAAGAAACGUGUUGUCUCGAGCGAGGAAGACUUGCCGCCUUGGAGCAAACAGGUGAAUGAUGCGUUCGUUCACUGAGUAUUGUAGGAAAAAAUCAGAGACAGUUUUCAACAGAGAUAUGACCAUGCUGUUUAGAGAGAGAUUUAUUAUCACAUGUUUUAAGAACCUAUUUUUCUAUUUUCAAAAUAUUAUUCCUAGGCUCUAUUUUUUAUUGGCGCUUCUGCGAAUGACUGUGCAGUUUUGAGUGACUGCUCACGGCCGGACUGCAGGCGAGCUCAGUGAGGACAGUCGUCUGCUCCGCCAGCGAAGGUGCUGUGACCUGGGCGCGACCCCUCUGACUUACACUGGGCUGCCCUUGGCCGGUACCUUUGCACAGGUCUGGCUCUCCGUAGUUAAAAAGGAUACAGAAUUAUUUUUCAAACCCGAAAUGUAGAUUUUGAAAAGCAUAAAAAUCAUGCCUUGAUACAUGUCGCAGCUGCUAGGUACCAUCUUGAUAUGUAUAUGAGUCAAUGUCACAAACAUUGAAAAUAAGCAGAAACUCUGGGGAGAGGGGAGAGGGCGUGGCCUCUGGGGCUGGUGACGUCUGCGUUCCGCCGCCGCCUCUCGUUCUUGCAGCCCUUAGAAGUGUGCGUUCCAGGUUGCCUGAGCGGCUGCCUCACUUCCAGGUUUUUCUUUUCUUAGAGCAUGUCCUGUUAAUAUCUUAACCAUGUAGCUAUUGCAAAACAAACAAACAAACAAACAAAAAAACUGAAUCUGCUUAUUCAGUACCAAGUCCACUCAUUUGGUUUCAUUUUGACUGUAGAAAAUGGAAUUUGAAAAAGUAGAUCUUAAUACAUCGAUUUCUAAAUCUUGAACUCCAAUAUUAAAUCCCCCAGUCUUUGGAGAAUUUGCAGAUGUGGAAUAUUUUCUGACCCCCUGCCAGAGAAAAAGGGUUAACGGUAUUUUAAAGCUACUAUUGUGAUAAGAGUCCUAAAUGCCUUGUUUGGGGGAAUUACAGAAGCAGCGGGCCAGGAGCCCACUUCCUGUGACCUGUGCUGGUGACCGAGACUGGAGGGGAUGCGAAGGGUGGCUGGGGACCGGGCAGGCCCUGGGCCCUCGGCUCACACUGGGACAGUUCACGCCCCUUUGUGGCGGUGAGAAGGCUCUCCACACAAACAGUUGACUUGCAUGAGUAUUUAUAAUUGGACCAAGCCUAGACCAAGAACCUUAAAAUGUCUACUAGCCUCCAGUCAGAACACAGUCAGGGAGCAACGAGUUUUAAUAAAUUAAAACACCCAGAAAUAACUUCAAGCUUCAAGAUUUCCAUGCUAAUGACAACUUGGCAAGCUCCAGCUGGCAGGAUGUGUCAGCGUGCAAUGGAAGCACUCAGAAGAGUUGGGCUCCCAGGAUAUGUAACCAUGCACUGAGGAGCCCGGGCUCAGGUGAUGAGCUGUGCUUUGUUCCAGCAGGUCUCUAACUGGGGCAGCCAGCAAACUCUCCUCGGUCAGCUCGCCUACCGGUACCUCACGUGACUGUAACCAGGUACUGAGUUGCUGUUGUGUUUUGCCGCUACGGAUGUGUUGGCUUAGGUACUAUGCAUAAUUUUUAAUAGCUGCGAUGUUACAGAAUAAAAAUAAAUGUAAAGGAUGAUGUAUGCCUGUAUUAACCCUGUUUUAAGACUGCUCUGGAAAUCAGGCCUUAUUAUUCCCUUAUAUAUGUGACUUUUCAUAUGAUAAUAUACAGGGCAGGGCAAAAGCAGGUUUGCAGUUCAUAUGGAAAAUAAUACAAUAAUUAAUAAUAACCCAAGAAGAAACUCUGUUUUGCAGAUUCACAACUGGAAACCUACUUUCGCCCCACCCCGUGCACACACAGUGUAUUUUAAACGGUUGUGCAGUGAUUUCCAGCUACUCCUCUCUACGAUAAAGCUGACAGAUGUUUUAAUUGACGCAGGCUGUGUGUUCCGCAUUUACCAAUGUUUAUGUUCAUCCUGUGUAUGUGAGAAAACUCUCUGGCUGAUCCUCAUUGACCAAAUCCCUUGCAGAGGAAGACACUUAAGGUACAUUCAGUUUCAUUAUAUCUUUUGGAAAUACAUCUUAUUUGGGGGAUUGCCUUUUUGUCCUCUGCAUUUAUCUGUUCCUGUGAAAGUUGAUACAGCUGCGAGCAGUCAUGUAAAUGUUUAUGAAAAAGUUGCUAUUGAAGUGAUUCCAUUAGUAUUCUGAUACUUGGAGAAUGACCUUCAUUUUCAUAUAUUUUUUUGUCUUACCUGCACAACUGUAAAUCCAGGAAGUUUUUUUUGUUGUUUUUUUUACAAAAACUAAUUUUUUUAUUGUAAAGUAUUUGUAAUAAAUGUCCAGGUGAAUCAUACAGGUUCAAUAAAAAUCCUAUCCUAAA